GGUGCUGAUAACGUUAUCUUUGAUCGUCUGGCCGAUGGUCAAGAAAAAUUAAUUGAAAAAACUUCAACUGAUAUUGAUAAUUUUUCUAGUGAUGGUCUUAGAACAUUGACUGUGGCAUAUCGAGUAUUAGACGAAUCCUAUUAUAAUUCUUGGGCAAAAAAAUAUCAAGAAGCAUCAACUGCUAUUAAUGAACGUUCAUCCAAAAUUGAUGCUUGUGCCGAAGAGAUCGAAAAGGAGCUUAUACUCUUGGGUGCCACUGCAAUUGAAGAUAAACUUCAAGAGGGUGUUCCAGAGUGUAUAGAACGACUUCGAGGAGCGGGAAUUAAAAUUUGGGUUUUGACAGGUGAUAAAUUAGAAACAGCUAUUAAUAUCGGAUUUGCAGCUCAAUUAUUGACAAAAGAUAUGAGACUUUGGAUUGUAAAAGGCUCAAAAAAAGAUACUGUCCAAAAACAACUUGAUAAUGUUUAUGCAUCUUUGAUAACUGGUGAUACCGUGCCACAUGAUGAAACGGAACCCAUACAUCCUGAUGAUACUCAUGCUUUUAUAGUCGAUGGUUCUGCUUUAACUCAUCUAUUGGACGAUGAAAAAGCACGUAUGAAAAUACUUGAAUUAAGUGAUCGUUUUCAUUCUGUAAUAUGUUGUCGUGUUAGUCCUUUACAAAAGGCCCUGGUGGUCGAAUUAAUACGAAGAGGAAAAAGAUCUACAACGUUAGCCAUAGGUGAUGGUGCAAAUGAUGUAAGCAUGAUUCAAGCUGCUAAUGUUGGUGUUGGCAUUUCAGGACAAGAAGGAAUGCAAGCAGCAAUGGCAGCUGAUUAUAAUAUUGCCCAAUUUCGAUAUCUUAAGAAACUUUUACUUGUACACGGUCAUUGGGACUAUAUGCGCAUUGCAGAGAUGAUAUUAAAUUUCUUUUAUAAAAAUGUAAUAUGGGUAUUUCCGGUAUUAUGGUUCUCCGCCAAUAUUUUCUAUGAUUACAGUUUUGUGCAAUUAUAUAAUAUGCUUUUUACUGUCGCUCCUGUUGUAGUUUUAGGAACGAUCGAUCAAUCCGUUACUGCGUCAUAUUGCUUAAAGUAUCCAAGCAUUUAUAAUUUGGGAAUAAAAAGAAUGCGAUAUUCUAAAAAAUUAUUUGCAAUAUAUUUUCUCGAUGGAAUAUGGCAAUCAUUGGUUGUAUAUUUUACGUUUUAUUUUGUAUAUUCAUUAUCCACUAAUGUUACUAUGCUUCAAGGGUAUGAUGCUGGUAGCACCGAAUUUUCAACUUCGGUAGCUUUAAGUGUAAUUGUUAUUGCAAACCUUGUUGUAGUUUUUAACACGUAUCACUGGAAUUGGAUAGUAUGGACAAUAAUAAUUAGUGAAAUUGUUUUCAUUUUUAGUUAUAUUCUUGUUUAUGGUGCUUUUUCAGAAAGUCCAAUAUAUGGAAUAGGUCAACAAUUAAUUAGUGAGGGUACAUUUUGGUUUGUUGAAAUGGUUCAAUCAGAUAACGAUAUCAUAAAUUCUGUGCAACAAACAAAUUAUUAG